AGCAGCUUGAGCUAGAAACAGAAGAACAACCUUACGCGUCUGCUGAGCUCUGCUUAGAACACUGUAAGAGGGAUUGUUACUGUAUUAUCUCUCUCGAGCAAUCGCUCUUUGGAAUCACGUCUUCCACUUUAAGCUAUGUUUAGUUUGCGGUGCAAAGGUAUUCUGAGAAUGGGAUGACUGUAAUGGGAUGGGUGUGAAGGUAAACGAGACAUUUUCAGUUUAACUUCAAAGUAUUAAGAUGACUGCAACAAGUGCUUCAUCCAGUGCAUCGACAACUAGCGGUCCAAAGGUUUCUUUAUUUGCUGCCAAGUCAGGGUUUGUUAUCCCAAAAAACAAACUUUCAGGUUCAUUGGUUCCUAUCUUCAAAGGAGGUAAAAAACCAGGUAGUAAUGAUGCUGUGAAUGGAGAAAGUACCAAUCAGGUCCAGAGGAAAACGAAAUGGGGUCCUGAUUUAACACAAGAUGCUGAUGUUAGAAGGGGGAGAGCCUUGGCUUACCAGACUCGAGUGGAUCAAAUUGUGCAACAGCUGAAAUCAGAAAUUUCAGAACCUGGGGGAGAUAGAGACUCACAUGAACCCAAUGAGCUUGAAGAUCUCAAAUCUUUAAGUCCACUAAUCCACAAUAAGAACUCUGAACUUUUGGAACUUGAAAAACAGGAAGCUAUAGGUGAGAUACUUAAGUUGAAUCCAACCUACAAGGUACCACCUGACUAUAAGCCUUUGCUAAAAGAGACCACAGUUCCUAUCCCUGUCAAGGAAUAUCCUGGAUAUAAUUUUAUUGGUCUAAUAUUUGGGCAUGGAAGCGAGACUCAGAGGCGAUUAGAAAAGGAAACUGGAGCCAAAAUACUAGUACAUGGUACCACAGCACAUACUGGAGAGAAGGUUGAAAUUUCUUCAUCUGAUGGCACUGAAACCCAGGUUGUGUAUGAAGAGUUGAGUGUUCUUGUAACAGCGGACACAUUUGAGAAAGUUGAUGCAGCUGUUGUCCUGAUUGAAUUGCUACUCGCCUCAGUAUCAGGAAAUUUAGCAGAUAAUGCAAAUGUUAGCCAAAACCAGGAGGCCUCUACUCCUUUCAUGGUCUCUACCCUUGUAAACCAGGGAGUUUUUCCACCUGUAACUCCUCAACAAGGUCAGUUCCAAUAUCAAAAUUCAUGGUUCCCUGCUGCCACACCUCAAGCUCAUGUACACCAGCCUUCAGGCUUAAUUUCCCCCCAGACUUCUUCAGCACCAAUUUUAAACAAUCCUGUACAUGUACAGUCAUCAUCUUUCAAUUCUCCAACCAUGCCUUCUUUAUUUGGGCCUCGGCCAGUGCAGGCCUUUUCAAAUCCAUAUCUACCUAGAAACUUUCCCAUGCCAGCUCCACAGCCUCAAUUUACUGGUAGCCUGCCCCAACCAAUAGGGUCGUCCUCUGUUGCAAGGCCAUUAUUACUUCAACCCCUGUCAAGCGGUCCAACAGGACCACCACCUGACAGGCCAUUAGGUCCUUCGGGGUUCUCUUCUGGGUGGCCUGGAGCUCCUUCAAGUGUUCCAGCAUCUUUAGGUUUAGGCAACAUGGGACAAACAACUCCUCCUAUGGUUCCUCCACCUGGUCCUAGGCAUGCUGUACCACAGCUAGGUUUUCCAUCCCCUGCAGCACCUCCAAAUGCAGCUUCUAUGAACCGUCCUACCACAGCCCCAACUUUUACUUCUGUUCCACGACCUCAAGUGGGACCUUCCUCUGCUCCUACCCCAAUCCAAUCUUCACUUGGUACGCCAUUGCCUAAUUCAUCAAUAACUCCGGUAUUUGGUUCUGCACCAAUUUCAUCACCUAUGAUGCCUGCAUCACAGGCAACUCUGCAGACAGGAGUUGUAGGAGCUUUUCCUGUAACUACCUCAAAUUUUGCUCCCAUAAGAUCACCCACAAUAACAAAUGCAAAGGUGCAGCAUUCAGGUACUGGUGAUUUUACUUUCCGACCUCAUCACCAGCAGAAUCCAGCUCCUCAAAUUGUUCCCAGCUUUAGCAGUCAUCACGCUACUCAGAAUGGCCCCCUUCAUAGACCCAUGAUGCAAACAAUAACACCUCAAGCACCACCUUUCCACAUGGAUGUCCCUAACUCAACCACUCAACCUGGCAGGCAUCUGUUUCCUAGACCACAGGUUGGCAACCAAUUGGGUCAAGUUCCCUUUGUUGGAAAUCCUACCGGUCACUCGCAUCACCCCAGACUUCCAGCAUUUUCAAAUGCAAGUCCAGUGGGACCACCGGUCAUACAGAUGGGAUCCCGGAACUUUAGCUCAACUCCCCACCUACCCAAUUUAACAGGUCCUUUACCUCCCAGACCAGGAAACCCCAUGCAACUUCAGCAAAAUUAUCCAGCUCCAAGAGCUCCUCGAGGACAAUCAAUUGCUCUGAAUCAGCAGCCUUUCAUCUCCUCGGCAUCUGCUAGACCAGCUUCAUUCCAGGGAGGGCAGCAGGUUUAUGAUCCAUUUUCUCCCACUUCUGUUUCAGCUGCGUCUCAACAGCAAGUAGGUAAUCUAGGAAAGGGGAGAAAGCCAGAGAACGAUCCCGAGUAUGAAGAUUUGAUGGCCUCGGUUGGAGUAAAAUAAGAUUUUCUCCUUGCAAUGAAUCGGUUUGUAGGAGCUGGAUUAACACACAAUUGUAAUGGUUUCUUAGAAAUUACUGUGACUUGCUUCUCUUCAAAAUUUAUCGUCGGAUAUGAGAAUCAUAAGAUGUUACAGAAUUUUACCUGAGAUUACUGAUUGUAUUCUAUUCCCCUAUUUUGAAAUAUGAAUAUAUGUCACAAAGUUGGUGGCC